AUGCAGGCGACCGACCGAAACGAGUUCCGUCUGGCCUUCGCCGCCGCCAGGCAACUGGAUAAGAAAGUUUUGGACCAAAUAGCGAGUGGUCACGACUCGAGUAAUGUCACACAAUCUCUCAUUAAAAAAGGCAAUUCACUCUUUUACCAACUGAAUCUGAGUGACUCUAUUACUGGUGUUGUAUUACUGGCCCUUUCACUGGUGGUUCUGUGCGGUUGUCUCGUCUUAAUGGUUAAAUUGCUUCACUCUAUGCUUAAGGGACAGAUAGCAAUCGUCAUAAAGAAGACAAUGAAUAGAGACUAUCAGUUCCCGUAUUCAAUAUUAGUCAACUAUUUGGCAAUACUUGUCGGAUGUAUUCUCACUAUUUUAGUGCAAAGUAGUUCAAUAUUCACUUCAGCGCUCACCCCAUUGGCUGGCAUUGGAGUGAUAUCUUUAGAAAGGAUGUAUCCCUUGACUCUGGGAUCUAAUAUUGGCACCACUACUACAGGCAUUUUGGCGGCUCUGGCGGCCGACUCGAGCAGUUUGAAGAGCACUCUUCAACUGGCAUUCUGUCACCUAUUCUUCAAUAUCUCUGGUAUUCUCAUCUUUUAUCCGAUUCCGUGGAUGCGAUGGCCGAUAGGCUUGGCCCGCAUGUUGGGCAACAUAACAGCCAAAUACCGGUGGUUUAGUGUCUUCUACUUAAUAUCAAUGUUCUUCUUAUUGCCGUUAACUGUGUUCUCGCUGUCACUGACCGGCACGUGGGCUCUGGUAGGCAUUGGCGGACCGUUUCUAUUGGUCUGUUUCAUCGUAAUUGUGAUAAAUCUAAUACAACACAAGAGACGAAGUCUUUUGCCCCUAAAGUUGCAAAACUGGAAUUUUCUGCCGCUUUGGAUGCACUCAUUGGAACCGAUCGACGAAAUUAUAGCCAAAUUAGUGGAGAGGUUCGCGUGUCUGGCCUGUUGUGCGGGCGAUCAGUCCCGACACGACGCCGCCGCCCAGUCACGGGAGUUACACCGGUGGUUAGUCAGUGUCGAGAACGUGACCCUCAGAGUCCGACUCAACCAAGAAUUGAAUGAUAAAGAAGUGACUAAUCUUUGA